CGUUUCGUUGUUGYUGAGAUUAAUAUAUGCGCAUUAAUUAUCACUGUCAUGUUUGGCCAAACAUAUCGCAGCCCCCUGUUCUCGCUUAAAACAAAGUUUAUGCUGGGCUAGAGCCAUUACACGAUGAACUUUGGAUGUUUACAAAUAUGUGGCCGUGAGGAGGAUGGGCUUUAGUCUUCAGACUUCAAUUAUAGCCAAAAACAACAAUUUUGUCGACAUAUGUCCCACUUAGAUAUCGAGUUCGUCUGAAGAUCUUCUUUCUGGUUAAACAUAUCGUGGAUAAAAGUUGAAACAUUUGUUUCAUAACAUUGCUAAUAGAAUCUAGUAGAUUCGAUCGCUAUGGAUAUCUUCUUAGAAAAUGACUACGGGUUCAAUUUUGGUGAAGAACUCAACAAAAUUCGCCAUGAACGAAUGUUUUGUGAUGUGACUUUGGUCGUCGAGGGCAAGCAGUUUCACGCUCACAGAAUUGUCCUCGCGGCGAGAAGCAAGUACUUUUACGGCGUGUUUACUAGUGAUAUGUUGGAGAAAAGAUCAAGGACAGUUAGCCUUGGUGAGUUGAGUGCUUCGGCUAUGAACUCGCUCCUAGACUACAUUUACACUGGCGAUGUUGAGGUAACUGAAGAGAACGCAGAGGAACUGGUCGUAGCAGCAAAUUAUUUACUUUUACCGAAACUUAAAAACCUCGCGGGAAAAUUCCUAGAGAGGGAGAUGAUGGCCUCAAACUGUGUUUACUUUUUCAAAUUCGCCGAGCAGUACAACUGCAAGGAACUGAAGCACUAUGCAAGUCAAAUGAUUGUCAGAAAUUUUGGAAUGAUCGGUCAUUCGAAAGACUUUAUGCAGCUUGGGGUCAAAAAUUUAGAAGAGUUGAUCGCAGGGGAUGACGUUGUUGUACGAUCAGAGGAGGAAAUAUUCGAGGCAAUUUUGAAGUGGAUUCACGAAGACCCAGACAAACGAGAGGAAUACUUCCCGAUUCUCUUCCGUCACGUUCGAGUGACCUCGGUGUCACAAAGUUACUUAUUYACUAACGUUGCGACCAAUUGUUACGUCAAGAAUAACCCUGAAUGUUUGGCGCGCAUAGUGGAAGCUAACAAAAUGCUGAUAAUCGGAGACGAACUGCUACUAGACAAGCCUAGAAAGUGCUUAGAAACGCACGUGGACGYCAUAGUCACAUGCGGCGGGUUGUCUCCAGACACACUUGUUCGUGACACCACUUAUUGUUACGUUCCAAGCGAGACCACGUGGUAUGAACUCGCCCCGAUGAGCAUGAAGCGAUGCCGUCACGGAUUAGUCGCCUGCUCUGGUUUCUUAUACGCAAUUGGCGGGAAAGACGAAGCMUUUCAUAAAAGUGUAGAACGCUUCGAUCCCAGGACUAACAACUGGACGACUGUAGCGCCUUUAAAGCGAUGCGUCAAGCUUGUGGGCGCGGCAGCUCUCAACGCGAGCAUCUAUCUAGUAGGUGGUAUUGAGUUCACAGCUGAAGAAGGUCGACGWMGAUGCGAUGCGGUGCAGAAGUACGAUCCUGUCACCAAUACGUGGUCGCUUGUGGCGCCCAUACCCAGUCGUAGAUCAAGCGUCUGCUGCGUCAGCGAUUCGCGGUUUGUGUACUCAAUCGGUGGACUCGGGGACGACGGAUUUUUGGACUCYCUAGAACGAUAUGAUCCUAAGCUCAAUGCAUGGCGUCAACUUGCGCCCAUGGCGGAGAAACGUGGAUGUGCAUGUGGAGUGCAUUUGAACGAAAAAAUCUACGUGUUUGGCGGGACGGUUGACGCSUUCUCACGCCAAUCAAAACGCUCUUGUGAACUGUACGACGUUGCUAGUGACCAGUGGCAUUCCAUGCCGCCCAUGCGCAUCCCAAGAUUCCAUGCUGGCGCGGCKUUGCUAAGAGGCUGUGUGUAUAUCAUGGGWGGGAUUGGUAUUGACAACUCGAAUCCAGAAGGCAAGAAAGUUGUCGAGUGUUAUAACAUUAAGUUAAAGAAAUGGGAGAAAGARCACACGAUYCCUUACGAGGAGACGUAUCUACGCAGUGUACCAGUGAGUCUGUACAAAGGACUGGUGAGAACUCUUCAUAAAGUAGGCUCUAGAGCAAGUAUGUCAUCCUGAGGAGCUGUUUGUUUCGUCUUAUUGAACCUUUUAUCUUCCUCGUGCCCAACUCUUUAAAUUCUACACCGUUUAGAAUGAGGAAAGCCWGGGUAUGGGAUGGGUAAGAAUAAAAGGAAAAGAUAAUGAUAUAUUUUAGAAAGAGUAUCAAAAUGUAAAGAGAACUUGACAAAUGAGUACAAGCACUUAAAAGGCCAUGACCAACCGGCAUCCCUUGCGAACGUUUAGUCUAUGUCUAAAAAUAGAAGUACACCAUAAUGUAAGCAAAAACUACUUAUUAUCCCUUUAUGCUGUAUGAAUGGAGUUAUUUUAAGAUUCGACCUGAAAACCGACGGAGGGAAAUGGAUUGCGAAUUAAUAUUUGAAGUCAUCUCAUUUUCCAUAUUUGAAAAAGUCUAUAAACACGACCGCACUGAACGCCGGUUGACCGUGGUCCUUAAAGUGUGCAACAUAUAUAAAUAGUACAAAAUAAAAUACCGCAGACACUAGAGUGUUUUAAAAAUCGCUGAAUGUUGGAAUACCUCCGUAUAUUUUCUAUUUUUCCUGCCCUCGCCGGGUCUCCCUUCUCUCAAAGUUGUGUUUUCGAGAGCACACAUAACUUUUGGAUUCUGUAUGAGUGCUAACAGCAUUGUUUUUGGCGAGGGGAGGGUGUAGAGAACAUGUUUUGUUGAACUGACCUGAAGGGUGCAGUUAUUCUCAACCUUUUUGUCUAGGGUUGUAGGUUAAAACCAGAUAAAAUGUUUAUGGUAAAUAAGCAGAAUGUAACACACAUUUGUCGUAACACACAGACAAGAGGCUAGUCAAGUGUAGUUCGRUGACAAAUAUAGAAUAGAUUUAAAUCUAAAUCCUUUAUAAAAUUAUGAUACGAAUCUURUUAUACUUCUCAUGAAGAAGCGAUUGUCAAUAAAUCGAAGAAAGAAUCA